AUGCCCAACCUAUUGCCACAGCCGUAUGCUGGCACCCGGAUUGCCUUCCGUCUGGUCUACCCUGACAUACAAGGCUCGAACCGGCCUGGCGCACAAGGACGCUAUAUUUCUCGAGACAUUGGAUCCGUCAUAGUAGGCGCUCGUACAGCAAAUGAGGACGGCGAUAUGGGCGAUGAAGUCGGUGCAACGGUUGCAGAGGCCCUAAAGCAACUCAACGGUGACCCUGACAAGACUCUGAGCGAUGCUAAGUUUCUCAUUGGGGACUAUCAGCGCCACCACCAAUGUCUGGACCCGGAAGAGGACCGCCAGGCGCAUACGGCGGACGUGGUGAUUAUGGGUUUGGACGCGGCGGGAGAGGAGGAGGCGGAGGAAGAUAUGACGACAGAAGACCUUACGACGACAGGAGACACAGCGGAAGUGUACCAUCGGGUGAGUGGAGGCGGGGCGAAGCACCGCCAGAGCGAGAGUCUGGCUACGGCAGAGGAAGAGGAGGCGGUGGUGGUGCUGGAGGAGGGCCAGAUGGCAACUGGCAUGGCCGAGGAAGGGGAAGAUGGUGAUCUGUUGCUGGUCAACGUGUCACGCAACUGUGGACAGCAUGAUUAG